CAGGGUGUGUAGCGCAGCCCAGCCCCAACAUGACACACAGCCAAAGAGGAGGAGCCGAACAGCCUCACUCGAAUUAUCACCAGUGAAAAUCACUGAAUUAAACACCCGACGGGGAAUAAAAGUGUCAUAACAAGCAGAAAAUGUCGUUCAUCCCCGGCCAGCCUGUCUCAGCUGUUGUGCAACGGAUUGAGAUUCACAAACUGUGGGAUGGUGAUAAUUUAAUAUUAGGAUUCAGCAUUGGAGGGGGAAUCGACCAAGAUCCAAGCCAGAAUCCGUUUUCUGAAGACAAGGCAGACAAGGGAAUCUAUGUCACACGCGUAUCUAAAGGUGGACCUGCAGAGGUGGCUGGUCUGCGGCUGGGAGACAAAAUCAUGCAGGUGAAUGGCUGGGACAUGACAAUGGUGACACAUGAUCAGGCACGAAAAAAACUCACCAAGAAGAAUGAAGAUGUGGUCAGGCUUCUUGUCACUAGAAGAUCACUGGAGGACGCAGUCAGACAGUCCAUGAUGCAACACUAAUGCAGAUCUGAAUUGAAUGUCCUUAUUGGUUCAUCACAUGUUCAGAGCAUGUUUUAACUAAUAAAAUACAAACAGCCUCCCUCAGCCAAAGAGUGAACCCAAGAAACCUUUACACUCAGUAUGGACUUGUUAAAGAUGAUUUUGACGUAUUGAACUCUAACUGAAUCAGUGUAUGUGCGAAUGAGUGCAUUCCAUAUAUUGCUACAAUACUUUCAAUUUAGCUACACUUUAUGCCAAAUACUACACUAUCUUUACCACAUAUACUCUUGAAUGUAUCACAGAGUCUGUGAACUCCUUAUCAUUUCAUUCAUAGAUCUCAAGGGCUACAGUGAAUUGUGUUCACCUCAUUUUUUGUUAACAUGUACACAUACCAAUCAAGUGAUGUGGGAAACAGCCAGCAUACAGUUGGACUUUAAUGACCACUAAUUUUGCUAGUUUGGGAGACCUUUUUCAAUUUUUUUACCCUUCAUCUUAUAACUUCGUUUUUGUAUUUAAUUAACACAAUGUUAUCCUAUCAAAAUUAGCCACAAUUGAGAACACUGCAGUUUUGUAUUCAGUGAUACCUUUUCAUAUUUUUCCUGUUUUGAAAAUGUUUUUGAUACUGAUUUUUUUUUCGGGGGUUUGAUUGUAUGAGGAUAUAUUUCAUGUAAGCGAAUAAAGGAAUCUUCUUG